AUGUCUUCCCAACCUCGAGUCCGAAGCGCCGCGCUAGCCCGUGACACCAACGAAACCAAGAUCCAAAUGGCGAUCAACCUCGACGGCGGCGAGCUGCCCUCGACCACCGACUCCUCCAACACCAACGGCAGCGAAGGCCACGCCACACAGUCCUCCAAAUCGCAGCAAAUCAGCGUCAACACCGGCAUCGGCUUCCUAGACCACAUGCUGCACGCUCUAGCGAAACACUCCGGCUGGUCACUUUCGAUCCUGACAAAAGGCGACCUGCACAUCGACGACCACCACACUGCGGAGGAUACAUGUAUUGCGUUGGGACAAGCGUUCAAAUCUGCACUGCAAACUACGACAGGCUUGGCGAGAUUCGGUUCGGCGUAUGCGCCGCUGGACGAGGCAUUGAGCAGAGCAGUGGUGGACUUGAGCAAUCGGCCGUACAGCGUGAUCGAGUUGGGAUUGAAGAGGGAGAAGAUUGGCGACUUGUCGUGCGAGAUGAUACCCCAUUGCAUGGAGAGCUUUGCGCUACACGCCGGGAUUACAAUGCAUGUGGACUGUCUAAGGGGAUUCAACGAUCAUCACCGGGCGGAGAGUGCGUUCAAGGCACUGGCUGUGGCAUUGCGAAUGGCGACAAGUCCAGUCGCGGGCAAGGAAGGAGAAGUGCCGAGUACGAAAGGAGUCUUGUUCUGA